AUGGAAACACUUUUUUCAAAUUUAGGAAAAUCUGAUAACGGUCACAAAUGUAUUUACUGUGGAAAAAUUUAUUCUAGAAAAUACGGUCUUAAAAUACACAUAAGGACUCACACGGGUUACAAACCAUUGAAAUGUAAAUAUUGUUUAAGACCGUUCGGUGAUCCGAGCAAUUUAAACAAACACGUUCGGUUACACGCAAAAGGACAAACACCAUACAAUUGUAGAUUUUGUGGAAAAAUAUUAGUGAGAAGACGAGAUUUGGAAAGGCACGUUAAAUCCAAACACGGACAAGAGGAACCAUCUUGA